AGCAUUAAAAUGACAACCCAACAGAACAAAGUGAAAACGAAGAGAGGUGAUUUAACAUCUGCUGAAAGAGAGAUGCUACAGGUUGCUGCUGCAGGGGAUGUGCAAGAGGCUGCUCGAAUUCUUAACAGUAAAGACGUGCGGGUUAACUGUCUGGAUGAGAAUGGCAUGACUCCUCUCAUGCAUGCUGCUUAUAAAGGACAAGCAGACUUAUGCAGGCUUUUGCUGCAGCAUGGAGCUGAUGUCAACUGUAAUGAGCAUGAGUAUGGCUAUACUGCUCUGAUGUUUGCCAGCCUCUCAGGCAAUGCUGAGAUUACAUGGAUGAUGCUGGACGCUGGGGCAGAGACAGACCUGGUCAACUCAGUGGGACGAACCGCAGCACAAAUGGCAGCUUUCGUAGGUCAGCAUGACUGUGUGACGGUGAUCAAUAACUUCUUCUCACGAACAAGAUUAGAAUACUACACUCGACCACAGGGGUUGGAGAAAGAACCCAGACUGCCUCCAAAACUGGCAGGACCUUUACAUAAAAUCAUCAUGACCACCAACCUUAACCCAGUCAAGAUGGUGAUGAUGGUGAAAGAAAACCCGCUCCUAGUAGACAUUGUAGCUCUAGAAAAGUGUUACCGAGUGAUGGAUCUGCUGUGUGAGCAGUGUCUGAAGCAGCAGGAUAUAAAUGAGGUGCUGGCUAUGAAGAUGCACUACAUCAGCUGUGUGCUACAAAAGUGCCUGGCCUUCUUACAGGAGCGUGAUGACAAAUUAGACACUCUACUCAAGAGUCUUUUAAAAGGGCGAGAAGGUGAUGGCUUUCCUCAGUACCAGGAGAAAUUUAUUCGUGACUGUAUCCGGAAGUUUCCUUACUGUGAGGCAACCCUGUUGCAUCAACUCGUCCAAAACAUUGCUCCAGUGGAAAUUGGGAACUCCCCAACAGCCUUCUCGGUUCUUACGCAGGCAUUAACAGGUCAGAUGGCUCUAAUGGAUGCUGAGUUUUGUGCUACAUGUGGAGAGAAUGGAGCUGAUAAGAAGUGUUCAUUCUGCAAAAUGGUUGCCUACUGUGGGCAGACUUGUCAGAGGCUGCACUGGUUCACACAUAAGAAAGUGUGUAAGGCCCUGCAGCGACAGAGAGAAUUUCAAAGUAAAGAUUCCUCCAUUGUGAGAGAAAUAUCUGGAAAUGACGAUGGUUAUGAUGCUAUAGAGGGACAUUGCAGCUCAUUGCUGGGUCUCUGUCUGGGUUUUGCGGAGCUUGGACAUUCACAUUCUUUUUCCGAGAACUACCCUGACCCUUCGAAUGCUGUUGCAGAGGCCAUGUCUGGCUGCCAGAACUGGGGAAGAGAGGGCCAUCCAUCUUCCUGACUGUUAAAGCUCUGCUCAUUAACCAUACAUUUUAAUUGGGCAGAACACUACACAACAAGAUCCCUAUCUGAUAGGGAACCACUCAGUUCUACAUAGAACCCAGACUGAUAA